CUAGACCGAGCUGUCUUCUGGUUUAUUAUGGCUUUAAUUAAAACUUAUAUUAGCGGAAACAUAUAUACAAAUUCGCUACUAUGCUUCUAUGCAGCGCUUGGUAUUAAACCAUGCCUGAUAGGCUAUAUAGAGCUGUAUUUAUAUACUAGUCUGCUAGCUGCUAUAGUAUAG